GAGAGAGAGAGAGAGAGAGGGAGAGAGGGCUGGAGACGGAGAUCGAGAAGGGACCACUAGCUCCGUUUCCUCACACAGACAGGGGCUUCCAACUCACCGUGAGCGCGCACCGCUGUCCGCCGCCUCCACGCAGCCCGUGAAAAAUGAAUCUCAGCCUCGCCUGCGUGUUCGGAUUUCUCGUGUGCGGAUGUGGAGCUGUUCUUCAAGUGUCCAUCUCUCUGAGCAAAGUGGAACUUAGUGUCGGGGAGUCCAAAUUCUUCACCUGUACAGCCAUUGGAGAGCCUGUCAGCAUAGAGUGGUACAACCCCCAGGGGGAGCGCAUCGUCUCGACCCAACGAGUGGUAAUUCACACAGAGGGCGUGCGCUCACGCCUCACUAUCUAUAACGCCAACAUUGAGGAUGCGGGAAUUUACCGCUGCCAGGCCACCGAUGCCAACGGACAAACGCGAGAGGCCUCUGUGGUGCUGGAGAUAUACCAAAAGCUGACGUUCCGAGAUGUGAAGUCACCGCAGGAGUUCCGCCAGGGAGAGGUGGCCGAAGUGGUGUGUGACGUCACCAGCUCACCUGUCCCAGCUGUCUCCUGGUUUUACAACAACAUGGAGAUCAACCCCACGCAACACAACCGCUUCCUGGUGCUUGCCAACAAUAAUCUGCAAAUCGACAAAGUGUCCAAGACGGAUGAGGGUGUGUACCGCUGUGAGGCACGUGUCGAGGCCAGAGGAGAGAUUGACUUCAGGGACAUCUCUGUCACCAUCAAUGUACCUCCAGUGCUGUCUGUGCCACAGACAGCCUUCAAUGCUACCGCGGACAACCAGGAGUCGGUGACUUUCACCUGCAGAGCUUACGGCUCACCGGAUCCUGAAAUCACCUGGCACAGGAGGGGAAGGCAGAUCGAGGAAUCAGACCAGUACACGCUGAAAGGACGGGGUAGCACCCUAACCGUGCGAGAUAUCAAGCAGGACGAUGGGGGCUCCUACACCUGCAGGGCCAACAACAAGGCUGGGGUGGCUGAGUCGGAGCUCCUCCUCAAAGUGUUUGUACAGCCCCACAUCACCCAACUCCAAAAUGUGUCAGCCGUGGAGGGAAGUGCUGCCAUGAUCUCAUGUACGGCUGAGGGAGAGCCACUUCCUGAAAUCUCCUGGAGAAGGGCCAGCGAUGGCGAAACCUUUGCAGAUGGAGACAAGAGUAGAGAUGGACGUGUGGAGGUGCGUGGGCGUCAUGGGAAGUCCAUGCUGACCAUCAGCGGUGUACGGCUCUCGGACUUGGGCCGCUUUGACUGCGAAGCUCUCAGCAGGAUUGGAGGCCACCAGAAGAGCAUGUUCCUUGACAUUGAAUAUGCACCCAAGUUUCAGACAAAUCACACAACCUACUACUCUUGGGAAGGGAACCCAGUAAAUAUCACUUGCGAUGUCAUGGCAAACCCUCAGGCCACCAUGCUCUGGAGGAAGGAUAAGGUGACAAUUUCGACAGAAGGCACUGCCAAUGCUCGUGUCUACAAUGAGGAGGGCCGGUCUCUGCUUGAGGUCACACCGAUGUCAGAAAGGGACUUUGGGAAAUACAACUGCACAGCCAGGAACAACAUUGGGAUGUGGUUCCAGGAAUUCAUCCUGGCCCAGGCUGACGUGCCCUCGAGUCCACACUCCGUGCGGCUCAGCUCGGUGGCCCAGCGUGUUGCCACAGUUACCUUCAUGAAGCCAGAAUCCCACGGCGGGGUCCCCAUCAGUCACUACCUGGUCAAGUACAAGGACAUCGGCAUGCAGGACUGGAGGGAUGUAAAGUCACAUGGCGUACAGACCAUGGUGCAGCUGACCGACCUGGAGCCCAACAGCACAUACGAGGUCCGGGUGGCAGCUGUGAAUGGAAAGGGCCAAGGGGAGUUCAGCCACACAGAGAGUUUCCAGACGCUGCCCAUUCGAGAACCUAGUCCCCCGGGUGUGCAUGGCCAGAGGAAUAUAGGGAAGGCCUAUAAAUUGGGUUUGAUCAAACAAGAUGAUGGAGGGAUGCCAAUUGUUGAGUACAUCGUCAAAUACAGGGCGCAAGAGAAAGAGGAGUCCUGGAUGACGAAGUUGGUCCCUGGAACAAGUGACUCUGUGGUCCUUCAGCCGCUAGAGUGGGGUACACGCUACGCAGUAGAAAUCACAGCAAGGAAUGUGAAGGGUUUAUCAGAGCCUACUUUCUUCCAGUUCGUCAUGGCCCAGAAGCCAGACAUCACAGCAGACUCCCUGUUCAGUGGCUUGGGUUUGGGUGCCGUGGUGGGGCUGGGCCUAGCCGGGCUACUGUUGGUGCUGGUGGCAGUGGAUGUCAGCUGCUUCUUCCUAAAGCAAUGUGGCCUCCUCAUGUGCAUAACCAAGAAACUCUGUGGCAAGAAGACCACAACCAGUGGCAAGAGCAAAGACCUGGAGGAAGGGAAAGCUGCCUACCUGGGUGAUGGGUCGAAGGAGCCCAUUGUUGAGAUGCGAACAGAAGAGGAGAGAAUAACAAACCCGGACGACGGGAGUCCAGUGAACGAACCCAAUGAGACCACACCACUUACAGAGCCAGAGAAACUCCCACUAAAAGAGGAGAAUGGCAAAGACACACUGAAGGCAGACGCAAUUGAGAUCAAAGUUCAUGGUGACAACAGCAUCCAGACAAAGGAGGAGGACAGCAAAGCAUAAUGCAGGAACCAUCGUCCGAGAAAAAAAAAAAAUAAAGAAAUAAAAAAAAUAAAAAAGAAAAAAAUAAAGAAAAAAAACAGUCAUAGCAAGCUACCAUGUGACCAAAACCAUGAAAAAAGAGCAAACAAGUAGAGAGAGAGAAAAAAAAUACACAUAUAAUCCUUUAAGAAGUACUGAAUGUUAGGGCACUCAAGAGGCAGUGUGUAAAUACAGAAGGAACCUGACCACACCAACAGUUUUUGGCAGAACCUCUAUAUGAUGAUCAUGUUCUACUGGAAGAUUUCACAAGUUGAUGGCACAUGUUAUUUGGUAUGUUUUGUUCUUUUUUCUUAGCCUUGGCUGUUGCUUCUGUGUUUUACUUUACUAUAAAAGUAAAUUCAGUGUCACCAACGGAGAGAAUUUCUGGGGAGAAUCAACCACCGUCUAUUUCAGUAGCUUUUCGGACCGCUUCUGGACAAACCUGAGUGGGCAAGUCAACUCCCUGUCCAUGGCAAGGAUUUCCCCAAAGCCAAGUAGAUGGUUUUCCCUCCAGAUCUCUCGUGUUUGUCCACGGGUCCCUGUACCAAGCUUGAGGGGGCGAUCACACUUUAGUUCCCCCGCAAUACAUCAUAGAACGCUUUGUGUUUUGCUUUCAAGGCCAAGCCCCAUACAUGUGUUGCUGCUCUGAGCUCUGCAGUGUCAGUAUGCGGUAGUAGAUCUCACAAGUCUCGAUAUCCAUCAGCUGCCCUUCACAGCUGUACCUGACCACUGUUACCUCAGACUUGUCUUUCACCAUUUACUGUAGCCAUACUGUGAAAGCAGCUUGCCUGGCAUGUUCCUAUGUACCACACAACCACCCUAUUGGCAAAAAGUCAUAUUGAAAACUUCUGUGUAUCAUGUUUUUUAAAUAAUUUUCAAGUCAUUUCAUGGAGUGAGUAUUGCGCAGUUGCAGUGUGACUUUCCUCCGUGUGAAUGUGUGUAUUUGUGUAUUGUUUGUCCCUUUUCAUGGUUGAGGGCAUCUACUCUAGAAAUACAUUUAUAUUUCACCAAUCAACCGUUUAUUUUUCUUUAUUUGUUUAUGAAGUAAAUGUUAAGUGACUCAAACAUAAUUGUUAUUCUGAAGAAACCACUGUCCAUUGUUUUAAGUCAAUACAUUUUAAGUAACAUAUGAGCCAGAGUUUUUUUCUACCAUUUACAAUGCAUCUGUGUGUGUGUGUGUGUGUGUGUGUGUAUAUAUACAUA